CGGGGAUGCAAGGUGGACACACUGUAAGCGCGCAGUGGUACUCGAGUUCUCUGCCACCGAUCAUUGAACAACGCGCGACUUUUCGUCCAAAUUUACACAACAGAAAAUUAAAAUGCAGCUAGAAAAGUUGCCACAGGUCAGCAAAACCUCUUUCUCUGUAGCAGACAUCCUGGAUCCGUCUAAAUUCACCGGGAGUCCAAGCAGUACCCAUCCGAGCCAUGGUUCAACUGCUGAGAGUGACGCUGCAAGAGGGACAACAGGUGAGAGAUCUCAGUUCUUCUAUCUAUUUAUUUUGAAAGCUUAAAAGGCUUAAAAGCCAAUUACUUGCUAGUCAUAUUUUAUAAAUACAUAUUAUCCUUAGGUUGAGAUAUAGGGUUAAUGCAUAAGUUUAGUUUAUAGGAGUAGCCUAAUCCCCUACUACAGUAGAUACAGUAGUAUUAGUUAUUUCCCAGUAGAAGGCAGUGUUGGGUUAUUUAUUUUUGGCCUGCCCUCAACCAUUAUCUUUUAUGAAAAGGUUUAUUUCUUCUCAUCAUUAUUCUUCAUCAGCAUUUAACUCAUAUCAUCAUAACUGCUAUUUAGAAUGGUUGAGGUCCCUCUCUAAACUCACUAUUGACAAUAUUCAGGUGGGGCAGCCAUUCCAGAAAGCCAUUCCAAGAGAUUAGAAUUCCAAAGUGGUCCAGCAGCCAGUAACUGCUCCACCACAGUGGACUCAGCUGUGUUGGCGGAAAGUAAAGCGAGCGAGGCUCACCCUGCAUUUGCGUGCCGUAGCCUGGAGAGUUCAAAGGGCAAGUCACGGCGGGUUCGGACAGCGUUCACCUUGGAUCAACUACACAUCCUAGAACAUAGUUUCCACAGCAGCCACUACCUGUCUGUAUUCGAGCGCUAUGCCAUCGCCUUGAUGCUCCGUCUCACAGAGACCCAGGUGAAGAUCUGGUUCCAGAACCGACGCACCAAGUGGAAGACAGAGUGUGAGGGGAAAGGGGUGCCUGAAGAGCAGCUCCAGUGUGGGGUCAGAUACCCCUCACCUCCUCCUGUCUAUCCUACAACCAUACCACUAUACAACAAAAUGCAUUUUCACCAGGGACCACAGAUUCAACUGUUCACACCACCAACCUUCCUCACUCCACAAUACCACCAUCAUCCAUAUUAG